AUGGUGCGUUUAGGCGCCGUCAGUGGGUUCGCCGUGACCUCGCCGACCGCGCCGCACACCGUUAUUGAGGCUUUGUUUCCGUACAUGAAGAGCAGACAGGCGCGUAAUGAAUGUGGGAUGUGCAACAAAAGGGAAGAGACGGAGGCGAGGAGCGGGCGGACGCUGGGGAGGCUGGAAGAGGGCGCGCAGGUUAAUGACUCCAUUACUGAGCGCCUCAGUGUGGAGCUGUUUAAACAGGCCCCCGUCAGCAGGGAUCAGGCCUUAUUACUGCACCGCGGCACCCACACGACCCUUCUCCGCCAGGCACAGCACCGCCACCGCAGAUCUAAGGCCAGCUUAACUUAG